AUGAUCCGGGACCUUUACAACUCUUUAGCCAAUAAGGAGACAAUUCCAACGGAGUUCUCCUCAUUCAUCCUGACCGGAGUUUACAUCCCACCGCAGGCCAACGUGAGUGAUGCACUGCAAAACCUGGCAAACCAAACAUCUGGCUUGGAGCAAAAUAAUCCAGAUUCUCUUUUUAUUAUUCUUGGAGACUUUAAGAGGGCAAAACUUACACUUGAACUUCCAAAAUACAGACAGCAUAUAAACUGUCCCACAAGGGAGAAAAAUACACUGGAUCAUUGCUACACAGUUCAUAAGGACGCAUAUCGCUCUGUACCCAGGGCAGCCUUGGGGAAUACUGAUCUCUGUUUGGUCCAUCUUAUUCCAACAUACAGGCAGAAACUAAAAUCUACUAAGCCUGUAGUAAAAACAGGGAAGAGAUGGACCAGUGAGGCAAAGCAGGAACUACAAGACUGUUUUGACUGCAUUGAUUGGAGUAUCUUUGAGGCUGGAACUGACAGCCUGGAUGAACUGACUGACACUGUGACAUCAUACAUCAGUUUUUGUGAAGACAUUUGUGUGCCAACCAAAACCUUCUGCAAGUACAGCAAUAACAAGCCAUGGUUCACAGCCAAACUCAAAAAACUUCGACAAGCCAAGGAAGUGGUAGACAAAACUCUGUAUAAGCAGGCCAGGAACCUACUGACGAAAGAGAUCAGAAUAGCCAAAAGAAGGUACUCUGAAAAGCUGAAAAGCAGGUUUUCAGAUAACAACCCUGCGUCAGUGUGGAGAGGCCUGCAAGACAUCACAAACUACAAGAGUCGCCCCCCAUCUCCCUCCCUAGCCCUGUUUGCAUACUUCGACAAACCUUGGAGAAACAUCGACUGGAAGCAGAGUAGAAUCUCUAACACUCCACAAGAAGAAGAGAGGAAAAAUAAGAAGAUAAACCCAGAUUAUGGUACUAAUGAGCAAAGAGGAGCAAAGGAGCAACUUACAAAUUCUGGGCUGAACAUUCUUGGAUCAGUAGGGCCACAUACAUGCAGCUCUAUUCUACCGGGACAGAUCAGUAAAGCAUCUAUAGCACAGAAGCCGACAGGGUUAGAACUGGACAUCAGCACAGCCAUCAUAACAGGCAGAGAGACAUCAAGUAUAAGUGUGGAAGAGAUAUUUGACAUUAUGCCAGUUUAUGGAGUUCUGCAGCCUGGUGAGAUGCAACAGGUUACAUUCUCAUUCGUUGGCCAUGCUGACAUCAGUGCUCAAGUCCUGGCUGUGUGCGUGGUGGAGGAAGGCCCAACAUAUGAGAUUUCCCUCAAAGGGGAAGCUUCACUGAUCACCUACACCUUGGAUACAACUGAGAUCGACUUUGGUCCUCAGUUAUUUGACCAUGUGGCUGAAGCAGAGAUCAUUUUGAGAAACACAGGAAAGGUGGGUAUUGACUUCAGUUUUCUGCUGGAGGAUCAGCAUGUGUCCCCAAAAGACACCUUACCUGGACAACCCCUUGUUAUUCCCAGCACGGGCCACAUAAGGGCAUAUGAGGACAUGAAAGCUUCUGUGUACUUUCUUCCUGGAAUCCCAGAGGUUUUUAAGAAGGUGUUCCAACUACAGGUUGCCUUCUUUGAGCCAAAAAGCAUUACAAUUAUGGGAGAGGGCAUCUUUCCUAGAGUGUGCCUGGACCUACCUAGAGACCUAAAUGAAGAACAAUAUAGCUCAGUGCUGAAGCAGGCAAAGGAAGCAGUUGAAAGUGAAUCUCAAAGAGAAGACAUUCUAAGCAGACCUGGUACAGGGUUUGGUGAGACGUAUGAAGUGGACUAUAUUCCUACAUAUGAUGCGCUGCUGCAUAUGGAGGUUGAGAGGCUCCUAGUCACGGAAAACUCUAUAGCCACUGAGAAAUCCCAAAGAGACUCUGUACAAAGUGAAAAGCUUGGAUCUAUUUCUAGCAUGUGGCGCAAAAAGCUCAGCAGGUUUAUUUUGCCUGAGUACAUUCUGGACUUUGGUCAUGUGAUUCGCGGCACUGUGUCUACUCAUAUUGUAAAAGUGACAAACAGUGGGCCUCUUCCAGUGUCCUUCAGAGCUGAACAACGUUCUCUGGCAGGCACAGGAUUUAGUACAGAGUUGGACAGGGUGAAGAAUCUGCCCUACUGUGAGACAGAGACAUUUGAGGUGAAGUUUGAUCCACAAGGUGCAAAUCUAGAGCUUGGUGAGAUGAGCACUGUAUUGUCUAUACAGGUAUUGGGGGGUCCUACAUUUCCAGUCCGUCUAUCUGCAGUGGUCACAUUACCCUCCUUGACCACCUCUACUAACAUGUUACAGUUUGAUUCUGUUCAAUGUGGCAUGUGCAAAGUGGCUAUAAUUCAGUUGCACAACCCUGAGCCAGUGCCCUGCAAGUGGAGCAUCAAAGAGGAGGAGCAGCCAAAGAGAAAGAAUGAUUCCGCCUAA